CGCUGAGAGCCGGGGGAGACGGAGAGGAAGGAGAGUGGAGCCGGGGUAGAGACACCAGCAGGUGCAGAGGAUAGAGACAAACAGGGUGCCAAAAAAAGCUAGAUGAUCAGGGAAAAGUGUGUUAAAGGAUAAAAGUAAAGAAUAGAAAAUAGUUAAAGAGAGACCAGAAUAUAAUCUUUUAUUUUCCUGAGCUGGAUCCCACUUAUUUUCUUUUUCUGCCAGCUUCACUGAGCUCUUACCCUCCUUUUCUUGUACGGAUUCUUCUUCCUCGGAUCGUCCCCACCUCCUCCUCCUCUUCAUCCUGUCCUCCUCUUUGACAGACAGAGCCACCAUGGACACCGGGAGCCCCAGGAAGAUACAGUUCACCGUCCCCCUACUGGACACCCACCUGGACCCAGAGGCAGCCGAACAGAUCAGAAGACGCAGACCCACACCUGCAACUUUAGUGGCAUCCAGUGAUCAAUCAUCACCUGAAAUAGAUGAAGAUCGUCUCCCAAACCAGUUGUACAAGGCAGCCUUGUUGAACUCCCCUCGACAACGACGGAAAGGGCAAAAGGGAACGCCCACGAUGAAAGAGCUGCAGUUCCUGGUAGAGCACCACCUGUACAGGCAGCAGCAGGGCGCCGGGGACGAGUGCUCCUCAGAGAGCUGCCUGUCGGACCGUCCCAGCCCCGACUCUGUUCCCACCGGGGAGGAGCUCCCACACGAUGAUGAGGCUACUGCAGAGGCCUUUGAGAAACUGCGCUGCCAAAUGGAGGAGUUCUCAAGGGAGAGUCUAGAAGCUGCUGGUGGACUCGAGUGCCCCCUCUCCAAGGAGAAGGCUGAUUGCUCCAGCGUUGCCAACGUAGCAGAUCCCUCAUCGCAACAAAACAACGCACAAGCAGACACAAAAGCAGCAGCAUCCAGCGCGAGUCAGCCGGCGGAGGAGAAGACAAAGAAAUGCAGCCUGGAGAAAGAAAAAUAAAGCGUUCUUCUUCUGUACAACACAAAGCUGCUCAGUCUGCUCAGCCAGCCCAGCACAAUGACAGAAGAUUGUGUCUGCAGAUCCACUUUUUAGAAACAUCAGGGCAUCUAUGUUCCUCUACGGUCAGGCCUUAGUUACCACCCCGAGAACAAGAACAAAGGUUUCUACACUUAUUUUGUGUCAAAAAUCCUGUGUGAAUUAUUUAAUUAUGAUAUAUUGGUUUUCUAGCUUCUCCUGCACUAAACUAAAACUAGCCUAAUGUAUCAACCUUACGGGAAAGAGAGCAUCUUUUCCUGUCCCAGUCACACAGUCAUUAUCAUAAACCACCAACGCUCACAUGCAUAAUGUCCCGCUUAAUGUUCAAAGGCAACAAAUAUUCUAUCACAAUCCUUUUAGUCAGUUUCUAUCAUUAAAUAUGUGCCAUGACUCCUGCAAUUAUUGUUCCAUCUCAAAGCAAUAAAAAUGAAUUAGUACCUCAUAAAUAACUGGGACCCAAAACAUCACUUUUAAAUUCAAAUGCAAUCCUUUAGUUAGAUAGACACUGAAUCUGAAAUGAGUGGCUCGCACAUCUGGAUUGACUGACAGUUUAAAAUAUUCAUGUAUGUUUACAGCACUGGAUUGGACAGCUAUCCUUAUCCUCCAUCUAUCAUCUUUCCUUAGUUUUCCACCAACAGAAACACAGCCCAGUUGCCAGUAGAAAAUAUUUGCAUUGCACACAUCUGCAAACCACAAAUAUGUUACAUUUGCACUUUUUACACAUAUACUAAUGUUUCUAAAGUGAUAUAAUAUAUAAGAUGACUUUGUCUUCGGGAGGUGGAGGGCAUGGUGGGUGGUGUGUCUCCUAGGUGAGACGCCUCACAAGCUACAGAUCACUGUUCAAAACCAACAAACAACAACACUGGUUGUUUCCCAGCAGCGUUUGAGCCACAGAGCCUAUUUCACUGUCUCAUCCCUGCUUUUCCAGCGGCUUUUGUGCCACCAAAUGUGGGUGUUUUAAUCCAAAGCAUUAUCUUUUCCUUAUCAUAACCAAGUGGUGUGUGUACCUAAACAUCACCACACAGAAAGUCUCAAUGAACCUGCUACAAGUUAACGUACAAAUAUAAUGUAUCGAUGGUUUGCAGAAAUAUACAAUGUGAACAUUUUUUAUGGUGAUUGCGUUGAUUAUGUUUUGGAGUUUUGUUCCGUUGGUCGGACAAAACAAGACAUUUGAAGACAUCAUUUUGAACUCUAACUUUAAAAAACUCUGAGGGGCACUGAGGGACAGAAUGAUUCAUCAAUUAAUCGAGAAAAUUAUCAGUUGCCAGUUGCAGCCCGAACAUCAUGCUGUUAAAGCUCUGUAAAUCACCUGUCCUGUGUUCAACUUUGAGAAAAAAAAAGACCAAAAACGUAAACCAAAAGGGAAAACUAUUUAUAUUUUACAGUUUUUGGUUUGAUGAUGGUUCCCCCUAUCUUUGCAUAAAUUUGUUGGAAUACUGUUCUGAUAUUCAUCCAAGUGGAUGGGGACCUUGUUCCCAUACAGCCAAUCAGAUCACUUCAUUCUAAACUAUAGUUGCAUAAAGCACUGACCUCAGACAGCAGCCCGAGCAACAAGAGCCACAAACUUUAAACAACCCACAUUAACUUUCUUCUUCUUAUCCAACUUGCAAACAUGAACGCACGCCUUGCCCCGAACGUUCAGCUUGUUGAAUGAGUGACAGAACAAACAUCCACUGAGGGAAAGUACUCUGCUAAGUUCAUUUUGCAGGCUCGACACUCAUUUAUGGAGCCCCUGAGGUCCUGGUGAUAUUAUUUUCCCACAAGACAGUUAACUUUUGUAUACAAGAUAAUUAUUUUGUGGGAACAAGUUAUUAUCUUGCGCUAAUGAGAUAAUAACCCAUGCCUAUCAUAAGCACAAGAGGCUAAUUUAUAUGCACAGGAUAAGAAAAUGUCUGGUGAAACUUUAGGGGCUCCAUAAUGAUUAGUCACUCAGCUGCAACAGCUUGUAAACUUACCUGCAAAUAUCCGGUUAGAUGCUGGUGUAGUCCUCAGUCUUCAAUACCACUGCUAACAGCACCCUGUCUGCCUAUGACAUGUAGACUACAAUAUCAGUUUGUCACCUGCUAGCUGUCAAUCAAACAGAGACACACCCUCAGCUGCUGAGGCGAAAGUACAUCUGAUAUUUUCUUUAUUUUUAUUCAAGACCCUUAUCUUUGACAUUGUAACUAUGAACAAUACAUAAAAAACAUUAUUUUUGUCAGUUGGACUUCAAAGUGGGAAGUAAUUACUGCUAAAUCCCAAUUAAAAACAUCAGUUAUUAUCAUGUCUGGUUACAGUAAUACACUAAUAACCAGCGUUCACCAGCUUAACUGUGUGGUUGUACAUCUCUAAAAGAAGGGAUGUUAAUGAGGGGUGCGUCUGCAGAUGCAUUUACAUAUUUGGAGCUAACAAGGACAAACCCCUCUCCAGUGAACAAAUUGCACCCUUAUAUUUGACACUGGAAUGCUUUUUGGGAAUCUUAAUCCUGCUCAUGAAACACUUUCCUGCAUGGCACUGAAUCAACGGUGAUUUUUCUUUACUGUGCUUCAUUUUGUAUGGGAACUUACUAAAACAUUGAAUCUGACAUUUUAAAUACAGUACACAAACUGUUAUUACCGACAUUCCCUUUUUUUUGUAUGAAACAUGGACAUUAUAAAGUCAUCACCGCACUCUUAAAUGUUAUCUCAUCUGUUAAUUGUAUCACUGAAGUGGCAUUAUUAUGUAGAGUAUGUGACAAUCCUCCCAUAACCUUCACAUUAUACUCGACAUACCUGAAAGAAAUAAAACUGAAACCGAAAACUAAAGCCACCGAAGUACUGAUCACAACAACUACGACCACUAUGUUCACAAAGAACAAGAAAGACAGUAAAAACAUUCCUGUGCAAGCUUUUGAUUUUUUCUUCUGCAGUGUAUUUAUGGACCCUGUAAUGUUUGUUCUGUUUUUGAAUGGUAAUAGUGUUCUUUACAUGGAUUUAAUCUGGGGAGUUUUGUUCCAGUUUUACUUGAAUUGAUUGAUGAUUACAUAUGUAAUCUAAAUUUGU